AUGGGUGAACCACAGCAGGUUAGUGCCCUGCCUCCGCCGCCUAUGGUGUACAUUAAAGAGUACACGGAUGAAAACAUCCGCAAAGGUCUGGCUCCUAAACCACCACCACCCAUCAGAGACAGUUACAUGAUGUUCGGCAACCAGUUCCAGUGCGACGACCUGAUUAUUCGUCCUCUGGAGAGCCAAGGCAUCGAGAGACUCCAUCCUAUGCAGUUUGACCACAAACAAGUGCUCAAAAAGCUAAACAUGUCCAUUCUUGUGAACUUUCUGGACCUGCUCGACAUCCUCAUCAAGAGCCCCGGCAGUAUAAAGCGCGAAGAGAAGCUGGAGGACAUAAAGCUACUGUUUGUGCACAUGCACCAUCUGAUAAACGAAUACAGGCCGCAUCAGGCCAGAGAGACUCUGAGGGUGAUGAUGGAGGUGCAGAAAAGACAGAGGCUGGAUACAGCAGAAAGGUUCCAGAAACAUUUAGAGAGGGUCAUGGAGAUGAUCCAAGGGUGCCUGGCCUCCCUGCCCGACGACUUGCCUCAGAUGGAAGCUCCAGAUGGUGUUUGUGACUUGACAAAGAGCGUGUCCGGAGGAGCUGGCGUGGGUUGCUCCUCUGGGCUGGCCCCCCGGCUGAAAACUGAGCCGAUGGAUGUAGAGGAAGCAGGUGCCAGCUGCAUGGCAGCAGGUCACCAAGAGAAGAGCGUCCCCAGUUUGAAGGACAGAAUGUGGGACAAAGAUGCUGCCAUGUGUAGUAUUAUAGAUGAAAUUGCAUAG